CAACGAAAAGAGUGAUGAAGGUAGGAAGAUGAGUCAAAUAAUGGACACUGCUGCGUCGGUAACCGUAUUCAACUAAAAAACAAUAAUAAAUAAUAAAUGAUGGGAAAACCAAAUCAAAGCUGCAACAAUGGAAGUAGAACAAUUCUUCAACAUCCUUUUUAUCACCCCAUUCUUCACCCACUACUUCUUGUACCUUCAUCCUCAUCAUCUCAUCCACCUAUUUCAUCACUUCCACACAUCAAUUUCAUCAUUUCAACCACCAAUUUCAAAGAAGGAGUUUGUUGAAAUAGUAACAUGUUUGGUGGUGUUACAAAUGGAUAUCCUGCUUUCACCGAGGAACCCCAGUCACAGUAUGAUAUGAGUGCAUUGCCUCAGUUUCAGCUGUUUGAUAAAUUUCCAGCUGGUUGUGCGAUCGAAAAGGUAAACUUUGUUGGAAAUGAAAACACAACGGCUUCAGGUCGGCCUAUCAAGAGGGUCCGUGAGGUUGGACCCGGGUUCACACAGCAAAAGGUUCAAAGAUCUCUAAACAACUUAUGUCAAGAUGAUGCAGGCCUUGCUAGAACCGCAAUGAAUCAAAAUCAUGUAUCAACGGGUCUGAAGUUAUCGUAUGGGGAAGAUGAACGCAACUCUUCUAUCACAUCUGUUAAUGAAAACUUAAGUGGUCUCCGCCCUGUCACUUGUUCACUCGCAAAUAGCAUCCAACUUGAAAUGGAUUGCCAACAUAAACUCCUUGAUCAUUAUGUUAAAGUUCAGGAAGAAAAUAUGAUGAAGGGUAUAAGAGAAUUGAAUCAGAAACAUACCGCUUUGUUACUAAACACAUUGGAGACAGAAGUACGAAAAAAGUUGAAUGAGAAAGAUGUUGAAAUACUUAUCAUGAACCGACGAAACAUGGAAUUAGGGUUGAAAAUAAAGCAAGCUUCCAUGGAAGCUCAAGCUUGGCAUUACAGAGCAAAAUACAACGAAUCGGUAGUGAAUGCCCUCAAGAACAAUCUUCAACAAGUCAUUCCACCAAAGAAUGUGCAACAGAAAGAAGGGUAUGGUGAUAGUGAGGUAGAUGACGCUGCUUCUUACACAAAUGCAAAUGAUGCUUUGGGGAACCCGAAUCAAUCAUUUUCUACAAAGCAGUUAAGUUGCAAAGCGUGCAAUGGUAAAGAUGUUUCUGUUUUAUUACUGCCUUGUAGGCACUUGUGUCUGUGUAAAGAUUGUGAAGCGUUUGUCGAAAACUGUCCUGUUUGUCAGACAACGAGAACUGAAAGUGUACAUGUUUUCAUGUCGUGAAAAUAUGUGUUUUGUCAAGUGUGUUUGAGUGAUUAUUCAUAAAAAUGGAAUCUUGGCUAUUGAGAUUGAAGUAUGAAAUGGUUUUGGGGUUGUUUA